AUGAGUAACACAUCUAGUAUAAUUUUAUUUUCAUUGUCUGGCUUCAGUUCAAUUGUCAACUAGAGUCCUCUUUUCUUACUGACUUUACUAUGUUAUGGUCUAAUUGUGGUGGUAAAUGUGUGUUUGAUUGUAACCAUAAUCUUGGAUCAAAACUUACAUGAACCUAUGUACAUUUUUCUGUGUACCCUGUGCAUCAGUGGACUUUAUGGAACUGCAGGCUUUUAUCCUAAAUUUGCCUUCGAUAUUCUGUCUGAUAUUCAUGUAAUCUCAUAUGCGGGGUGCUUUUUGCAAGUCUUUGUUUUAUACUCCAGUACAAAAGUUGACUACUCUAUUCUAGUUCUUAUGGCGUAUGACAGAUAUGUGGCCAUAUGUCGACCAUUGGAGUAUCACACUGUAAUGUCUGUGCGAAGGACUGCUGUGUUAGUGAGUUUGUCCUGGCUUGUACCUCUCUGCUGUGAGCUUCUGGUUGUAGCUUUGACAUCCACGCUGACAUUAUGUGGCUCCCACAUACAGAAACUCUAUUGUGAGAACUGGUCAAUUGUAAAACUUUCUUGUAGUUCAGGAAAAGCAAAUGACAUUGUUGGAUUGAUUGUUAUCUCUUUUUAUUGUGGGCAUUUCAUCCUCAUUGUAUGUUCAUAUGUAUGGCUUGUAAAAUCAGCUUUAAAAUCCAGAGAGGGCAGGAGAAAGUUUACACAAACAUGUGUGCCACAUUUAUUAUGUUUGCUUAAUGUCUCAGCUGCUUUGCUAUUUGACGUUAUGUACUCGAGAUAUGGAUCAGCAUCUGUGCCUCAGAAUUUAAUGAACUUCAUGACGAUACAAUUUCUCAUAAUUCCACCUAUUCUCAACCCUAUUAUAUAUGGACUCAAACUGACUCAAAUUCGAAAAAGAAUGAUGUAUUUGUGUAUAAUGACAAGUCAGAGAUUCAAAUUGACACUCAGGGUCUGA